AUGACCAUCUCCCGCAACGUGUACAACCAGCUCUUCGAGCAAGCGCCCGACGCGUCCGAUGGCAGCAAAGAGAAGGUCAUUCGUCUGCGUCCGACCGAGGCGAAAGCAGGCGCCGUGGUUAUGUCGGCCAAGAGCAAGAUCCAGAUGUGGACGAAAGACGAGCACGAGCGCUUCCUCGCGGCUUUGGAGAAGUUCCCUGCUGGACCAUGGAAGAAAGUGGCAGAUUUCAUCGGUACCAAGACGCCGAGACAGACGAUGACUCAUGCGCAGAAGUACCGGCAGAAGAUCCACCGGCGGCAGCGAGGGCUGCGCAACCAGAAGAAGAGCAGCGAGGGGUCGGCUGCGCUCAAUGGCAGCAGCACUAGCAGCUGUAGUGCCAGUGUCAAUAGCAGCAACACUGAGAGUCCAGCGGUGCUGCUUGACAAGGAGACAACACUGAAGGGAGAGCCUAAGGAUCUCAUUGUGUCGCCCUACGGCGUGGCCGAACUGCAGCUGACACCAGGCUCGGAGGCUGCACUGGCAGCGGCAGCAGGUGCGACAAAUGACCAGCUGCUGAACAUUUUGGCUCAGCAGGCCACGACGAUCCACGACAAGCCAGAGCUCAUGGAAAUGGACGAAGCAGGGACAAUUUCAGUAGAUGAUGCCGCCGUGAAACCAGAUGCUGCAGUUGUAGCUGAAGCUACAGCUACAACUGCAGACGACUCUACGAACAAUAACUUGCCUUCGCUAGCCGAGAUUCUGCACUUGAGCGGCGGUGAAGGGCAGACCGCGGCUGCUGGGGAGACAGAAGUAGCGCCACCAGUGAGUGAGGCAAAGACAGAGGCGAAGCUCAAGGCCGAGGCCACCGAGAUCGAGCCAGGGCCGCAGGAUGUGCCAGAGGAGUGCAAGUGUAACUGCAAAUGCAGUGUGCAUGGCGGUAGAAAGAUAGUUGUGGAAGUGUCGGCAACGCAGCCCCGAUCCGAGGAUACCUGA